UCCCUCACUCUGCCUGCACUGCUGGCCUCGCGCCCUGGUCACACACUCAGCUCCCGGACAAUGGGUGCUCUCUGCACGCUGUGGCUGGGGCUGGUCCUGCUGGGGGUGCUUGGAGCCCUGCAGACGUCGGCCCAGGCCCAGGUGUCCCUGCAGCCCAACUUCCAACAGGAUAAGUUCCUGGGGCGCUGGUUCACCUCGGGCCUCGCCUCCAACUCGAGCUGGUUCCGGGAGAAGAAGAACGUGCUGUCCAUGUGUAUGUCAGUGGUGGCCCCGACCGCAGACGGAGGCCUCAACCUCACCUCCACCUUCCUCAGGAAAGACCAGUGUGAGACUCGAACCCUGCUCCUCCGGCCGGCGGGAACCCCGGGCUGCUACAGCUACACAAGUCCCCACUGGGGCAGUACCCACGACGUGUGGGUGGUAGCCACCAACUACGAGGAGUACGCGCUUCUCUACACCGCAGGCAGCAAAGGCCUCGGCCAGGACUUCCACAUGGCCACUCUCUACAGCCGCACCCAGACCCCAAAGGCCGAGAUAAAGGAGAAAUUCAGCACCUUUGCCAAGACCCAGGGCUUCACAGAGGAUGCCAUUGUCUUCCUGCCACAGACUGAUAAAUGCAUGGAGGAGAACAAGUAGGUGACCGCCGCCCCAGGACCUGGCCGUCCUGCAUUGCUCUGGUCUUUCCUCUGAGACCCCCAGGACCCUGGCCCUGGUGCCUCCCUGCCCCCACCCUUGCCCCCUCAGGCUUUCUCCUGGCUCUGAGAAUAAACUCCAG